CAUGUAUAAUCAGUCUCACGUUUGUUUUUACAAUAGGAAAUCGAGUCAAAUUAAACGGACGGUAGAGGAAGGGAAGAAACAGUAUGCGAACUUGAAGCAAAGAGCAAAAGAAAAGAAUGAUGCCAUCCGUCGACCCAAAACAGGAGGAGGGCCCAAACCAGCUUCCCCAACAAUGCCAGAAGCUGCCAUCCUGGAGACUAUGGGGGGAAGGGCAACUCUGAGUGGUCUAGCAGGAGGCAUAGACACUGAAGAUUUUGAUGUAAUUCCUUGUGUUUCGGAGGAAGAACCAAGUGUGUCCAUGGACUUCACUGAUACUAAUGAGCAUGUUCUUCAAAGUGCAAUAAAUUUCCUUGUCAUGGAGGACGGAAUACUGCAGAUCCCAACUAUCACCGCUGGUACUCCAAAAUCAACCACUGUUACCACUACUACUACUGCUACUCCUAUUGCAACUACAUCUACAGCUACAGCUACAACUACAACUGCAACAGCAAAUGCCACUAACAAUUCCAAUCUUCCGCCAAAAAAGAAGCUAAAGCUGCAACAGCAGGAAAUACUAACCCUACAGGCAGAGGAAUCCAAAUUUAAAUGUGAAAUUGUUAAAUUAAAAGAAGAAGCAGAAUUUUUCAGGGCAAAGGUAGCAUUGAUUAAAUUAGAACGGGAAAAGCUGAAAUUAGAAAUGGAAAUACUAAGAAAACAGAACCGUAUUAGUGAAGAAUAAUUGUUAGGGGUGCCAAAAAUGAAACAUACAACUUUAUGGAUGAAAUUUUCUCUUUACUGCAUAGAAUGAUGUUUUGAUGUAGUUAUCUUGCUAAAAAAUGACUAAUAUUCAGACACGUAAUUGUUAAGCAAGGGAGAUAAUCUGUCUUAAGUUAUUUUCUGAUAAUGUACAUUUCUAUUCAUUACUUGACAAAAUAUGUUAAACACAGAAUGUUCUCAUGAGAUAUAUUGUUUAAGCUGUAAUGGAAUAUCUAACUAAAACACUGCUGACACAAGUGUUUUCGAACAUUGUUACCAGUCCAGUCAUCAGCUAUAUGGACACUGACAUUUUGAUUGGUCUCAAUAUCAACC